CCAGUUUCCUCGUAGCUCUACGUUAGCCUUACUACGGUACAGACUGGUUUUCUUGUUACAUAGCGUCAAUACUUGUAUGCAUUAUUACAAAUAAUUACAAACACCCGGGUCAUCUCUUGUCGUUGUUCUGUGUUUGUGUAUUUGUCUCUAAUUUUGUAUUACUCUCAUUUAUUAACACUCCCAUUAUGAUGGAUUUCACAAUAAAAAGGGCAGAUUUCCCUGAAGAUAUGAAGAAAAUUGACGACUUUAUAUAUGAGAAAUUUUUGCCGGACAUGCCGCUGAUCAGAUUGUUCAACAUCGACACCAGCAGCCCUCGGCACAUGUUACCCUCUCCCCACCAGCCGUCGCCCGACUCUGGCGAUAUUUACCUCAAGGCGGUGGACGUACACGGAAAGAUCAUAGGACUCGCAAUCAACAAAGAAACUGUCCAUUUCAACAAUGACGCAGAUGCUACGCCUGAAUGGCAAAGGAUGGCGGAUUUCAUGGAUUUCGUUGAGAAGCAUGCCCAACUACACCAGAUGACCGGUAGGACGAUUGAGCUGUUUGUGCUCUCCGUGUCGAGUGACUGGAGGCAGCGAGGAGUGGCCAGGAGAUUGGUGGAGGAGAGCAUGGCGCUUGCUAGAGAUGCGGGGUUCCAGACCAUGACUAUCUUCUGCACAGGAGAGUUCGUGGCGAGGAUACCUAGGAGUCUCGGGUGGCGAGAACAUUACCGGCUAGCAUACCAGGAUUAUCCAACGCUCUCUGGAAGAGAUGUUCCCUUGAUCGCUGUACCUCCACAUGAUCAUGCAUAUUAUUUCGCAAUAAAACUUUAGCAAUA